AUAGUGCAAUUAAAACGGUCACACGGCACUGUCACACAAACGCAAUUUGUUGUUUUAUAUUGCUUGAAACUGAGAUUCACCAAUUGGGCAUGUCCUGCGAGACGAACACAAACUUUCAGCAAGAGUUGUCAAACCAAUUGAACCUGGGCUAGUAACGGAGCUUGUGUCAGCUUGUGUUUACCAUGAGGUAAACAGAAGCGAGUGCAAAGAUUUUUAUGAACGCAAAUAGUAACGGUGUGGCCGCCUCUGGUGGAGCUGCUGCCUGUGGUGGCGGUGGUGGUGGAGUUGCAGCAGCAGCAGCAGCCGCUGGUGUUGCUGGCGCUGCUGCGGCAGCUGGUGGUGCAGCAGCCGCUGCGGCUGCUCCUGCUGUUGCAGCGGCUGCAGCUGGUGCGGGCGCUAGUCCAGCUGCUGCAGAGCCCAACAGUGGUACCAAUGGAUCCCCUGCAGCAGCGGCAGCAGCUGCAGCCACCAAUGGCACAGAGGGCAGCACAGCCCUCAACGAUGACCAGGAUGCCAAGCGGCGCAAGUGCCUGGAAACAGACGAAGCUCAAGAUGGAGCGAGCACCCAGAUGAUUGACCCGAACAGCGUGCUCAAUAAGAUCGCCCACAUGUAUGCGGAACAGCUGAUGUCGGACAUUGUUCUGCUGGUGGAUGGCAAGGAGUAUCCGGCGCACCGCGUCAUACUUUGUGCGAGCAGCGAUGUCUUUCAGGUGAUGCUGAUGAACCCACAGUGGAACGAGUGCAGUAAGCACGUGAUUGAGCUGCAUGAGGAAGCCUGCUGCUCGGCCGUGUUUCCACAGUUCAUCAAGUAUCUGUAUGUGGGCCAGAUCGAGGUGACACUGCAGACGGUGAUGCCAAUGCUGGCGUUGUCCGACAAGUACAAUGUGCGGGAUCUCAUCGAGCUGUGCAUCGGCUAUAUGACGAAGCAUGUGGCCAAGGCGGCGACCAAUGGCUUCCUGGUCUCCUGGCUGCAGUAUACGCUCUCGUUUACGCCCACGCACAAUGAUCUCACCGAAACGCUGAAGCGUUUCCUCAAAAACAAUUUGGAACUGGUGGCCGAGUCCAAGGACUUUGUGGAAAUGGAUCCGGCUAUCCUGCAGUUGCUGCUGCAGCAGAACGACAUCGUUGUCACCAGCGAGUACAAACUGUUUAGCAUCCUGCAGACGUGGCUGCUGCAUCGCCGUAAGCUAAUCGAAGCCCAGCCGGGCCUCAGCGCCGAGAAGAAGGCCAGCAACUUCAUGGAGCUAAUCGAGCAAACUGUCAUGCACAUACGCUUCGCCAUGAUGACGCCCCGAGAGCUUUCACUCGUCGUUCCGUUCAUGGAAUAUCACAAGAAAUUUCUGAUCGAUCGCAUCGCCAUCGGCCUGAGCUAUCAGUCCGGGCAGGAAGAUCGCGUGCGCGAGGUUCGCGCAACUGAAGGCGGCCAACUGCAAUUCACUCCGCGUCUCUACUGGAACGACACGUGGAGCCUUGGCAUCAAAGUGCACAACUUCGACAAGAUCGAGGACUACAAAAACUAUGUCACCUGCUUCUUUUCGCAACGACACAUUGCGGAGACCAAGGACGACGGCUGCAUGAUCUGGGAAAUCGAGUUCUUUCCGCGUGGCGUCAAGUACAACAAGGCCAAAAUGGUCUGGGGCGAGGACGUGCCCGGCUAUGCGAUCAACACGGUGCGGCUGCGAGUUACGUGCCAGCUGAAAAAUAUUGGCGAGGAACGCUUCAAGGUUGCCGUGCUGAUUGUUGGCGUGCAGAACAAGAUUGAGCACAUACGCACCGUGGUGCAUCGCACGGAAUACUUUUCGGAUAAUGCGCGCGUCAUCAAUUUGGAUAAUCUGCUGCCCUUCGACGAACUGGAGCAGACCUCCCGCAACUUGAGUCCACACUUGACGGGCAGUCAGCGCAAUACGCUCUCCCUGCACGUUGUCAUAACGCCAAUGGAUGCGCACACCUGCCGUGAUGCGCCUCCAUUUCAAUUUUGAGCCAAUCAACCAAUGAAAAUAGACUUCGCGAUGAACAUCUACCAAUUCCUUGGAAUGAAAUGCAGAAGAUUGCAGACUGCGGACAAUGGCGCUUGGCUUUAUGCACUAGCAUAAAGCUGAGAUCUCUCUCUCUCUCUCUCUCUCUCUCUCUCACUCGCUUCAUUUCUAUUUUGAGUUAAUCAACACACACACGCACACAUUUACAAAAUAGAGAAAGCAUAAUAGUAGCCGCCCAGCCCCUGGUUGAUCCUAGUCGUUGGAAGCUUUUAGCUUCGAUCUGCUCGAAUUGUGUGCAUACACCUAGCUCUAUGUUUAACUGUACAUAUAUAUGUAUAUAUAUAGACAGUAUAUAUAUAUAUAUACGUAUAUAUAGAUAUAUAUAUAUAUAUAUAUAUAUAAAUAUAUAUAUCUUCCAAAUAGUUUUAAAUCCAUUGUAUAAAUGAAAACCAUUUGAAGCGCAGCUUUUCGUAGCACAUCGAUGCGUCAUAUAUCUACUUUUUCUGCUGUAAAAAUUCCAGCUUAAACAUGGUAUAUAUAUGUAUAUGCAUAUAUCUGUAUAUUUAACUUUCAAGUAACGGUCUAUGGGCGUGUCUCUUCUGCAAUAUUUUCUGUUUUCGUUUUUUAUAAAUUCCCUAAUUUGUAUCAUAGUUUUUAUGUUAUUUUAAUUAUAUUCAUUAAUUUGAAUUCAAUUUAAACUUAAGCGUUUAGCUAAAAGGGCCAUUUAUUUAAUGUUUUUGUAGUUGGCUUUUUACCUUCUUCAACUUAUUUUUCUGUUUUAGACCAAAAUACAAAUAUAUUUACUGAUCGCAAUGCCAAGAAACAUUGCAACUAGACUAUGGAAAGGAUAAAUUUCUAAUAAACGUUGAUUUGUAUAGAAACGAA